AUGUUCCUCUCAAACAGCCCUCCCGCAAACCCUCUUCCCCGCUUCCAAACCAAUACGCCUCUGGACUCCACCUUCGACAAAGACAUUCGUGAUACGCAUCUCAUCUAUGACUAUGAUGCCCAAGACGCCGAUGGUAGGCCGGAGAAGUGGCGUUACGAGAUGUGGUUCUUCUCCGAGGACCGCAUCGUCUACGCAAUCCAUGGCGGACCGAUGUCUGGCCGCGUAAACUACCAGACAGCGACUUAUCAGUGCAUCCGACCUGGGGAGUUGUGGCAGGUCAACUGGCUAGAGGAGACGGGCACCGUUUGUUCUCUGGUGUACGACAUCCCGAGGCAGAAAAUUUCGACGCUCAUCUCGUUCUCGAGGGGGCACUGGGAAAACCCCGGGGCGGCGCACGGUGACAAGCGCAACCCGGGGGAUUUGGCGCGGUGGAGGGUUCUGGCGAGGUUCGGGAAACAAAAUGAAAGGUUUAUGUUGUCCGAGCAGGCGGACAUCGUUGAGAAUUUCAAAGGAAGGGGGCAUCUUGAACCAAUCAAGAAGGAUGCGCUGACAUUCUGA